AACGCGUUCGCUCUGUUCAUGCCGCAGUUUUCUAGACAAAUAUUUCCAUCCAAUGUCCCGUUACGUUUAGAAGUGUUCAAAAGGCUCCUCGUUCCUCCUCGUGAGUUUUCACAAAGCCGAUUCGAAAUAAUUCAAAUAAUACAAAACAAACGAUCAAACGAUCGAUAACUGUGUGUGUUUCAGUGUGUGUGUGUGUGCAUGUGUGUGUGCGUUGACUUAAACGAUCGUUGAACGCCUUCAAUUAGCGCAUUUUUUUGGUUUUUUAUAUUGGAAAUAUGAGCAAAGAUGAUAAGUAUUUACGCACAGCAUUCGAUCUACUAGACAGAAAUCGUGACGGACGCGUUACAGCCAAUGAACUACAGUUUAUGCUCAAGAAUCUGGGCAUAAAUGUGCGUGAUGAAAUCAUACACGAUCUCAUACGUGAGGCCAGCCAUUCAGGAAAUGGCCUAAUUAACGAGGCAGAAUUCUUACAAUGGGUAGGCAGAAUCCAGGCAUUGCGGGAUGAGCAACAGCAGCAGCAACACGAGGACAAUGCCAGCAGCAAUAGCAGCAGCAGCAGCAAGCAGCCAACAGAUGAGGCCGAUGAUGUCACUGAAGAUUUAAUAGCUGCAUUUAGAGUAUUCGAUCGGGAUGGUAAUGGUUUUAUAACCCGCGAUGAGCUACAAACCGCCAUGGAAAUGAUUGGCGAGCCAUUAAACGAACAGCAAUUGGAGCAGCUGUUGGCCAUUGCCGAUUUGGAUCAGGAUGGUCGCAUCAAUUAUGAGGAGUUCACGAGACUUUUGCUCUAAAUGGUCAACAACAACAACAAUUAAAAAUGAAAUGGCAAAGAGAAACAAAAGAAAAUAACAACAAGAAGAAGAAACUUUAAAAACAUAAUUAUUAAGCUAUUAUGAAUACAUAUACUCAGACACAAAAGGAAAAUGAAAAAAAGAAACCCAAAACAAUUACUUAAUGUUUUAUACAACAAAAUAACAAAAAAAUAAAGGAUGAAAAACCUUCAUAGGCAAGGGAAAAUGUGCAAGGACCUGUUCACUUAGCGUUGGACAUUCAUCACACAAAAUAAACACACAUACAUAUAUAUACACACACACAUCCAACCAGCCAGCACCCCACCCAUUCACACAUACAUACAUCCAUCCAUCC